UUGUCUAUGCGAGGGAAUGUCAGGAUUUUGUAUUUGCAGACUAGGACUUUACAUUGAUAGACUUUUUUCGCCCUCCAUAUCUUAUCUUGUUGGGAAUACCUGUGUGGCUUCAGUCAAUAAGGAGGGUAAAAUUUCCCAUGGGAGAUUCCAGGAAGACUUAGAUGUAUCCCCACUUUCUCCCUCGCAGGAGCUCCCCGGACCCCGUUUUCAUAGCCAGGCACUUUUUUGGGGGUGGUGGGGCGAAGGAGGUGGUACGCUUGUUUUCUGAACAGAUCUUCGCGGACCCGCCCAGGAAGUGGCAGACAGAGAGAGAGAGCAGCGAGCAAACAGGCAGCAGAGGCAGAAGCGCAACAUUAGCUCUGCUCCAGUUGUCACAAAGUUGAAAAAUAGUUUUUGCUGUUGUUUUUUAAUCGCGAAAAGCUCGUCCGCGUACAGCGACAUGGACGCACUCUCCCCUUAACGAGGCGGGGUACGUGCUCAGGACGCUGGCGGUUCGCUUGAUUGGGUUAACAUGGGUAUGAAUGGCGGGGUUUUAUCUUAACUUUUCCUGCGAUAAAGUAAGGUAUUUUUUUUAAAUAGCUAAUUAAGCUUGCUUGCGGUAACAGUACUUUUGUCUUUAUCUCACCCUGCCCGGAUCCUGUUAUCAUGACGCCCGACCUCCUGAACUUCAAAAAGGGAUGGAUGUCAAAACUGGACGAGAGGGGGGAGUGGAAGAAGCAUUGGUUUGUUCUGACUGAUGCAGGACUCAAGUAUUACAGGGACUCCACUGCAGAGGAGAAAGAUGACUUGGAUGGAGAGAUUGACCUAAAAUCCUGUGUCAAUGUGUCAGAGUUUGAUGUGGAGAAGAACUAUGGGUUUCAGAUACAGACACGGGAGGCUGUAUUCAUACUGUCUGCCAUGACAGCUGGGAUCAGGCGGAACUGGAUAGAGGUUUUAAAGAAGUGUAUUCGGCCCAGCAGCUCUCCUGACAUCACACAAUUACCCGACAGCGACAAGGAAAACUCCAACGAUCGCGUUUUGCUGUCCUCUCGUCGACCGACAUCGCGCCAUGGCGAAGCUCAGUCAGAAAUCCCGGCCUCCACCCCAUCUUCUCAUCGUAGGUUUGACUACGUCGAGCUAUCCCCUGUUCCCGCCUCUUCUAGCCUUCGUCUUGCCAGUCAGAGAGAAGCAGGAGAGGGGCAGGGGAGAGAGCACAGCCAAAGGCAGGAGGAGAGGAACACGAGCAGCCAAUGGGAUGCUGUGCUGUCCAGGAAGGGCACCGGAUCAAACCAAAAGCUACGCAUGGAGGAGGAAAUUGAGAAGAAGUGGGCCGAGUUUGAACAGAUGCCCGUAAAGGAGAUGAGCUCCUUACCGUCAGUGGGAUCACGUGCUUCCGGCCAGACAGCCAAUGAGGCGCUGCAGAGGGAGGUGGCGUCACUGAGGCAGCAGGUGGAGCAACUACAGCGGAAGGGAGGGGAAGGCGGCGGAGGGGGUGUGCGGGGUGGCUGUGGCCCCGAGGCACCCUGCAGCCGCAGCCUGUUGGCCAUGGAGCGUGCUCAUCGGCAGGCCCUGGAAGAGCUGCAGAAGCAACACGACCGCCAAGUCAAGGAGCUGGAGGCCCAGAAGGACAGGCUGCUGCUGCAGGAGGCCCAGGACACAGCGCGAGUGAUGGAGGCUUUGAAGAAGAAACACAAAGAGGAGCUGGAAAGAGAAGUUGAGAAAGUCAAGAGGCUGAGCAGCGGCGCGGUGGACUCACAGACUCUGCGAGCUCUGCAUCAGGCAGAAACUCAGGCCUCGCAGAGAGAGCUGGCCGGACUGUCUGAGCGCUACUCUCAGAAGUGUCUGGAGCUAAACAGAGCUGAACAGAACAACGCAGAGAGGGAACGGGAAAUCAGCCGCAAGGAGAGAGACAUGGAGCAACUGAGGAAAGAGAACCAGGACUUAAAGGCCCGUUUGACAGAGGAGAUGAAACGAAUACAGUCUGCCAUCAGAGAUCACGGCUCAGAGGACAACAAAAACAGGAUGCCCUGCGAGCUAGAGGUUCUACUCAGGAUGAAAGACAACGAGAUACAGUACUUGCAGAAAGAGAUCAGCUGUCUAAGAAAUGAGCUGCAGUUUCUUAACAUGGAAAAACAGCUGGCCUGUAAGCGAUACGGAGAGUUGCAAGAGGAACUGAGCGGGAUGAAGGGCCGAAAUGAGCGAGAGAUUCACAGUCUAAAGGAGCACUUGAAGCUGGCUAUGGCUGCUCUGCAGGAGGGGCAAAAGCUGGGGAACAGCCUGGACCACUGAGAGAAUACUUCUGGUACUAAAGCUCUGUCAGACAUAGUGACCAGUGCGGACUGAUAUGGAACAGAUGUUUUCUCAUUUGUUUGUUUGUUGUUUAGGAGAAAGAAAGGAUGGUUACUGUUUUUGCUGGACAGUCCCUGCUGUGUGGAGACUUUGAUGCCUUAAAUUUUAAUCACUCUGCCAAUGAGAGCACAGGAGAGAAGUUUGCCUUCGUUGCUUUCUGUUAGAAAGGCUUUCUAAUGUGUGGUUAUAGUUGUGAAAGAGUGUAUUUAAACCUGAAGUAUGACCUUUUUCCAAGUAGUUUUGUUCCUUUAUGUAACCAAGUACUUUCAAUGCAUAAAACUGUGACUAAAAUCUGAAAAUAAUAUUUAAAAAGUAAACAUAAUCUGCAGUAAAAUCACAUCUGGCUUUGAAGCCCAGUCUCCUGGGGAAAAACCUUAUUUCAUCCAUCAGUUUAGUACAACCUGCUACCUCUUUGGACGUUGUUACUGCUUAAACCGUGUCACCAGGCUUCAUAAAGGUCAGAAAGCUCUGAAGGCAACCUUCUCUCUCUAGCCUAAUGAGCAGCAUAGAGUAGCCAUUAGCUGGUUACAUUACACUGGGCCAUAUAUAAUGUACAAAAUUGCACUUUUAAUUUUUUUUUUUUUUAAAUUUUGGCUUUUGUUGAUUUUGAGUGGAAGCAGUGUGUAUGAGUGCGCACUUGGUCUGAAAACUGGAAAGCUUUAUUGAGUAUCUUUUUUUGUUGUUGUUUUUUUAAUGUGGUAUUGUAGAUAAAGACUUCAUACUGUAUCAGCUUUUUUUUUUUUAAUUUUUGGAUGAAUAAUCUUCUCAUUGGCCCUGUGUGCUGCCUGAGAUGGCAGAGGUCAGAAGAGCUGCUGUCAUCUCAGUUUUCUGUAUUACAGCUUUUGAGGCAUGUUUACUUUGUGAAAAUGGCACACAGUACUUAAGAAACGUAUUUGCUGUAUUUUUUCUUUUCUCUUUUGAACUUGGAAACUUGCUGAUGUUCUGUCGGGUUUGAGAAUAUAAAAUUCAAAAAGCUCUAUUGGGAUGAAAACAGGACAAGACAGCAAAAAAUGUUUAAUUCCUUGGAGGUUUAAGGGGGUGGGGCUGGAUUGGAGCCCUGGAUCUGUGAUUGUACAGAAGCAGAUUCAGCUCAGCUUUCUUUGGUUGCUUUUAAAGGCUGUUGAAUGAAUGUUGUCCCGUAUCACAGAUGUCCUCAGUUUUAAGCCAUGGCUGAGAACUCUCAAGCCUCCAGUCUCUCCUGAUCAUUAUUGGCAUACUGUGUGCCACCAUCACAGCAAAUGACAGGUGUUGCAUCAAUGAGCCAGUUUUUUUUGUAUUGACGGUAUGUAUUGCGAUAAAAAGAAUUAUCUAACUUUUAAAAACGUGUUCAUAUUUAAUGUACAGUAGAGCCUUUUUGUCAUCUUUGUAAAUACACAUUUUUGCAAUCAAUAAAAGACGUUCAACAGCA